UAAAAUUAAAUUAGUGACUUUUUUGUCAUAAUUUUAUGCAAAUAGUGAGAGAGAGAAACUUCAUAGGAAGAUUUCAUUUCAUAUACAAGGCAUGAUAUGAUUUCAACGUGACAAACCAGCUCCGAUUUACGCCCUUACACACUCGAUCUCGGGGCUGUGUUUCAUCCCAGCCAAUUCGAUUGGUAAAUGUCAAGCAGGUCUGCUUGGCAAAAUGGGACAUCUGAAGUUGCAAACGCAAACUGGUAUCAAUGCAAUGGAAGGGGAAACUGAGCAGUGUGAUGCUGUAAAUCCUAACAAAACUACUGUAGCAUGCAUGAUCAAUGCAGAAAUUGGUUCUGUUUUGGCAGUCAUGCGAAGAAAUGUUAGAUGGGGAGUUCAUUAUAUGUCAGAUGAUGAUCAGCUGGAGCACUCCCUUGUUCAGUCUUUGAAGGCAUUAAGGAGGCAAAUAUUUUCGUGGCAGAGUCCGUGGCAUGUCAUAAACCCUGCCUUGUAUCUCCAGCCUUUUCUGGAUGUCAUUCAAUCAGAUGAAACCGGCGCACCAAUUACUGGUGUUGCUUUGUCAUCUGUUUACAAGAUCUUAACCCUGGAUGUAAUUGAUCAAAACACUGUCAACGUUGGGGAUGCCAUGCACUUGGUGGUUGAUGCUGUCACAAGUUGUAGAUUUGAGGUGACUGAUCCUGGAUCAGAAGAAGUGGUAUUAAUGAAGAUAUUACAAGUUCUUCUAGCAUGUGUGAAAAUUAAAGCAUCUCUAAUGCUGAGUAACCAACAUAUUUGCACCAUAGUGAAUACUUGUUUCCGUAUAGUUCAUCAAGCAGGAACCAAAAGUGAGCUGUUGCAGCGGAUAGCACGGUAUACAAUGCAUGAACUUGUUCGCUGUAUUUUCUCUCACCUUCAGGAUAUUGAUAAUACAGAGCAUGCAUUGGUAAAUGGGAGCACUGCUUUAAAGCAAGAGACUGAUGGGCUAAAUAAUGAGCAUAAUUCUGCCAACAGACAAUUGGAAAAUGGGAGCUUGAGUUCUGCAAGUGACGGUCAAUCCUUAUCCACAGGAAUUACUUCCAGUACUGUGAAUGAUGUGACAGCUGCUAUAGUGGAUGAAAACACAGCUUUACCUAGCACUGCCAAGGAGACCGAUCUGAAUGAGUUGCAUCUCAUGAAUGAACCGUAUGGGAUUCCCUGCAUGGUGGAAAUAUUUCACUUCUUGUGUUCUUUGUUGAAUGUCGUUGAGCAUAUGGGAAUGAGUCCUCGAUCAAACACAAUAGCAUUUGAUGAAGACGUUCCUCUUUUUGCCUUGACUUUGAUUAAUUCAGCUAUAGAGUUGGGAGGGCCUUCCUUUCACAGACACCCUAGAUUGCUGAGCUUAAUUCAGGAUGAAUUAUUCUGCAACCUUAUGCAAUUUGGUUUGUCAAUGAGCCCCCUUGUACUUUCCAUGGUAUGUAGCAUUGUUCUAAAUUUGUAUCACCAUCUUCGAACAGAACUUAAGUUACAGAUAGAAGCAUUCUUUUCUUGUGUUAUUUUGAGGCUUGCACAAAGCAAAUAUGGUGCUUCAUAUCAGCAACAGGAAGUUGCCAUGGAGGCCCUUGUCGACUUCUGCAGGCAAAAAACAUUCAUGGUGGAGAUGUAUGCUAACUUUGACUGUGACAUAACUUGCAAUAAUAUCUUUGAAGACAUUGCUAAUUUGUUGUCCAAAAGUGCAUUUCCGGUGAACAGUCCAUUGUCUUCCAUGCAUAUUCUUGCUUUGGAUGGUCUUAUUGCUGUCAUGCAAGGAAUGGCUGAAAGGAUAGGCAAUGGAUCUUUAAGUUCAGGUCAUUCUCCUGUGAACUGUGAUGAGUAUACUCCAUUCUGGCUGGAAAAGUGUGAAAAUAUCAGUGAUCCAAAUAAUUGGGUUCCUUUUGUUUGUCGAAGAAAGUACUUCAAAAAUAAAUUGUUGAUUGGAGCCGAUCAUUUUAAUCGUGACAUAAAGAAAGGUCUUCAGUUUCUCCAAGGAAUACAUAUUUUGCCUGAGAAACUUGAUCCCCAAAGUGUUGCCAUCAUUCUCAGACACACUGCUGGGUUGGAUAAGAAUCUCAUUGGUGAUUACCUGGGAAACCAUGAUGAGUUCUGUGUUCAGGUUCUUCAUGAAUUCGCUAGAACAUUUGAUUUUGAAGGCAUGAGAUUAGAUACUGCCCUCCGUCUAUUUUUGGAGACUUUCAGACUGCCUGGAGAAGCACAGAAGAUACAAAGGGUGGUUGAAGCUUUCUCAGAGAGAUAUUAUGAGCAGUCACAAGAAAUCCUAGCUGACAAGGAUGCUGCUCUGGUGUUAUCCUACUCAAUUAUAAUACUUAACACAGAUCAGCACAAUAAGCAGGUCAAAAAGAGAAUGACAGAAGAGGAAUUUAUCCGAAAUAACAGGCGAAUAAAUGGUGGCAAUGAUCUGCCUCGAGAAUUCCUGUCAGAACUGUUCCAUUCAAUUUGUAAGAAUGAGAUCCGGACAACUCCUGAGCAAGGUUCUGGUUUUCCUGAAAUGACCCCAAGUCGGUGGAUUUAUCUCAUGCACAAGUCAAAAGAAACUGCUCCCUUCAUUGUUUCUGAUUGUCGAGCAUACCUUGAUUAUGAUAUGUUUGCUAUGUUGUCUGGUCCAACUAUUGCUGCCAUUUCUGUUGUAUUUGAUAAUGCUGAAAAUGAAGAGGUUUACCAAACAUGUGUGGAUGGAUUCUUAGCUGUUGCUAAGAUAUCAGCUUACUAUCAUCUUGAGAAUAUACUGGAUGAUUUGGUUGUGUCACUUUGUAAGUUUGUUACAAUUUUGGAUCCAUUUUUUGUUGAGGAGUCGAUUCUAGCCUUUGUAGAUGACAAAAAAACAAGAAUGGCAACUGAGACAAUUUUCACUAUUGCAAAUAGAUAUGGUGAUUACAUCCGCACAGGGUGGAGGAAUAUUCUUGAUUGUAUCUUAAAAUUUCAAAAGUUAGGUCUUCUUCCUGCUCGUAUGGCCAAUGAUGCGGCUGAAGAGUCAGAGCUUUCCUCAGAAACUGGGCAUGGGAAGCGUAGUGCUAAUUCUUUAUCUUCAUCUCAUGUUCCAUCUGUUAGUACUCCGAAAAGAUCUUUAGGUUUAAUGAGCCGGUUUAGCCAACUCUUAUAUCUUGGCACAGAAGAGUCAAGAUCAGUUCCAUCUGAAGAACAACAUGCUGCUCAGCAGUCCGCUUUUGAAACAAUUCAGAAGUGUCACAUUGACAGCAUAUUCACUGAAAGUAAAUUUUUGCAAGCUGAAUCUCUACUGCAGCUAGUAAAAGCACUCAAUAGUGCAGGAGUGCGACCUAAGAAAGGGCACAGCACACCUGAGGAUGAAGAUACUUCAGUUUUCUGUUUGGAGUUACUGGUAGCAAUCACUUUGAAUAACAGGGAUAGAAUUGAACUUCUCUGGCAGGGUGUUUAUGAGCAUAUUUCCAACAUUGUGCAGUCAACUGUUAUGCCUUGUGCACUGGUAGAGAAGGCUGUUUUUGGACUCCUAAGGAUUUGUCAUCGCUUGCUUCCCUACAAAGAGAACAUGACUGAUGAACUUUUGAGGUCCCUACAACUUGUCUUGAAGCUUGAUGCACGUGUUGCUGACACAUACUAUGAGCAGAUUACACAGGAUGUUAGUCACCUUGUAAAGGCAAAUGCUUCUCAUAUUAGAUCUCAGUUAGGAUGGCGGACAAUUACAUCUCUUCUUUCCAUCACUGCUAGACACCUGGAAUCAUCUGAGGCUGGAUUUGAUGCAUUGUUGUUCAUAAUGUCAGAUGGAGCUUACUUGCUCCCAGCUAACUAUGUUCUCUGUAUAGAUGCUGCGAAGCAGUUUGCGGAAUCUCGUGUUGGACAGGUAGAGCGGUCUGUAGUGGCGCUCGAUCUUAUGGCAGGAUCUGUCAAUUGCUUAGAGAAGUGGGCUAAUGAUGCUAAGCAAGCAAUGAAAGAAGAGGAAGUGGCAAAGAUGUUGCAGGAUAUUGGGGACAUGUGGUUGAGGCUUUUACAGGCACUAAGAAUACUAUGUUUGGACCAGAGAGAGGAGGUUAGAAACCACGCGUUGUUAUCUUUGCAGAAUUGCUUGACAGGUUCGGUUGGGAUUCAUCUCCCACAUGACUUGUGGUUACAAUGUUUUGAUCAAGUGAUCUUCACUGUUCUUGAUGACCUGCUUGAAAUUUCCCAGACACUCUCUCCAAAGGACUACCGGAACAUGGAAGGAACACUUAUUCUUGCCUUGAAGCUCUUGUCUAAAGUUUUCCUCCAGUUACUCCAAGGCCUUUCACAAUUGCCAGACUUCAGCAAAUUAUGGUUGAGUGUACUAAAUCGCUUGGAAAUAUAUAUGAAGGUGAAAUUUAGGGGACGAAGAAGCGAGAAGCUUCAAGAGCUUGUGCCUGAGCUUCUCAAGAACACUUUGCUUGUUAUGAAAGCAGGCAGUGUCCUCGCACGGAGCAGUAGUGAAGGAAACAGUUUCUGGGAAUUGACCUGGCUGCAUAUAAAUAAUAUUGCUCCGUCAUUGCAAUCUGAGGUGUUCCCUGAACAAGAUUCAGAGCAUUUGCAGCACAAACAGACUGAACAAAUUGGAGGUUCGGGACCUGAUGGAAAUGUUUCUGCGCCUUCAAAUGAAACAACAGGCCAAGAUGUUCCUGGUUAAUCAUACCUGCAGCAAUGUUGCUUCCUGAUUUGGUAUUUCUGUGUCCCUAUGAACCCAUGAUCCCUUGCCUUUCAAUGAUAUAUUUUUUUUUCAGUUUGGAGGUUGUCUGGGUUCUCAUAAACUGAGUAUGCAGAAUGCAUGACACAUCUCAUUCAGAUUUUCAUUGGGAUGCUUGAUGCUCUUAAGAUUUUUGGUUGAAAGUUUAUAGCUCUAGAAACAUUAGAGUGCUCCCUUUUGUAGUAUUAUGGUCCUUACAGAGACCAUCUCUUCUCUCCAUCUACUCCUGAGCCAGUUAAUUGCAAAUUCAUAUCGGAAGUAUUUUCUUACUAAAUAGUACAGAACUCGAUAUUGUUAUCUCUUAGCUGCGAGAUGUAAUUUACCCGGUAUGAUGCAAACAACAAUUUUCUUGAGAUUAUCAUAAAUAUAUAUAUGUGAACGUCCAAGGAUAUGCCUUCAA